GAUUCUUCCAAAUGUUCCAUAGCAUCAUAUCUUAAUGUUCUAAACGCCUUCUAUAUGAUUCAGGGACCCACAGGUCUUCUGACGCCGUGUAUAGCCCCGCGCAACCCCACUAACAAUCAUCAUUUCCAGGGAUAUCGAAUACUACGCGUCUAAAUGUGACAGGCUCAUAGGCUCUGUAGCACAAUACAAGGCUGCUGUCGGUGGGCUUUUCCACGGAUACAGUGUAUAUCACACUGGUGUUAUGCCUGUCAGAUGGAUACUAGUCGACCAGCCAUCUUCAAUAUACAUAGAUCAUCAUACCAACCAACAAAAUUCUAAAAUAACAAUCGAGUAAUUCAUCCCACGUAUAUUAAUCCGCAAUCAAGAUCAAGUUGAAGAAGAAGAAGAAGAAGAAGAAGAAGACCUUUCACACCAACAAAUACCACGCCUCUUCAACCCUUGUACUGUCUACCUAGGUACCCCAGAAUCAGCAGCAUCCCACCGCUUGUGUCAUCCACACUCAUCGCAUACCACGGCAAAAUCAGCCUACGAGACCGAUACCUGAUGAUUUGCCAGCUCAUGCCCAAUCAUUCGGAUUAUGACUGGUGAUGAAAUUUUGCGCAGCAUCGUUCAUUCAUGAUUAGAAAAAGAUCUUCUUCUUUCGUUGUACAAACCGUUUAAUCGCUUGAUUCACGAAUACAGUCUCCUCCGCCGUACCUUCAUUCGUACCUACAUCAUAUAUUCUGCCAUCCGCUCUGCUCUAUCGAUGCGGACACAACAGCCAGAGAAAACGAAUGCGAUGCCAAAACAAAAUAGCCAACAACAACAGCAACCAUAUCGAGAUCUUAUCGAGUGAUCAUUUUCGGCAAAUUGAGGGACGGAGAUAUCGCAAUCGUCUUUUGUGAACAUGGCGCAGACCCAACCGCAACCACAGGAGAAAACUCCCGACGUGGAUGCCAAAGAGUUCUAUGGAUAUUUGUUUGAUGAGAAUAAGAGUCCGACGCCAGUACUAAAUGCGCUAUUGAGAGGAGUCGCGAAUCAUAUUAUAGAGAAUGUGGGAAGUCAAGAGGACAAAUUUCUAACGCCCGAGAAGUUGGCACUUUUCUAUAAAGCUGUUGGUGGAAAUUAUGACUCUCUUUUUGUGGAGACGAAACAUCCAUCCAUCUCUUGGAUUUAUGCCUCGAUAGGCUGUCAACAUACUUUAAACCCGACGAAAGAUGAUUUUGCCCCCCCUUCGAUACCGUGUCUCACUGUGCGAGGAUUCGUACGAUGGCAAUCGAUAGAAAUACUGUUGGGGCCCGAGGAACAUGUGCCAUUCCUGCAAACCGCGGUCCGAGAUUUCGAAAUCAAAAAUCCAGACACGGGAGAGCGAUUCCCAAUUGAUUUGCCCAAGGAAGCGUUCCCACUAGUACCGGAUGCGGGAAUAGCGGAAUGGCAUCAGACUUGUGCGGAGAAAUUACGCAAACGAGCCACGCCGGAUGAAGAAGAGGAUGUUCCUAUGCCAGACCUCCCGCCGAGACCAAAGGUACAAGCAACAUAUGUUCAUGUCAGGCCUUCGCCCAGGGUCCCAGAUCCGACUCCAGCAAAUGCUGCGCAUCCCCGCAGCGGCUAUUUCGAGCCUUCUACUCGUGAGUCCACUCGUGAGCCACCUCGGGAAUCGACUCGAGAAUCGACUCGAGAAUCGACUCGGGAAUCUACUCGAGAACCAACUCGAGAACCAACUCGAGAAUCUACUCGGGAAUCUACUCGUGAGCCUCCUCGCGAAUCGGCUACUCGUGAAUCUACUACCCGUCGACCUAGUCGACCUAUACCUUACACCCACGUCUCGGCAUCUCGUCCCCAACGGCCCCCCCUCAACCGAUCACCCACUCAUCGAGUCCGUCAAUUUCUUGCUCCAGAAGAGCCAUAUGCACCCCGCAUACCCCGCGGACGUCAUCGCAGUUUUCCCAAUUUAAGCUCACCCGUCUCAGAAGACGCUCCUACCUUCCACGCGCACCCCGCUCCUUCUGCCGAUCCCCACCACAAUGUCCCAGUUCCGGAUCCGCCGCACACCGCUCAUCCUCGAAGACAUAGUCAUCCUCGACAAUCCCGACACGCACCCAUUGUUUCCGAAAGCUCCGAUUCGUCCAGCGAUACCAGCGUGACUUCGGAUUCGGAAGAUGAUCCUUCUCCCAAAACUCGUACGAUUCCGAUAAAAUCAUCGACGAGUGGACGGCCGAUAUCAAGACACCCGCAAACUGCUUAUAUGUCACGAAGUGCUGGAGCUGAUAGUCCUCGGGUGUUUGCAUUUCCAUCUACGGCACCGGGUAGUACGAUGCCGUCUCCGGUUUCGGAUGUGAGGGAGAGGGAGAGGGAAAGGGAGAGACAGAGAGAUAUUGAGGAAAAAGUGAGACGGGGUCAGUAUCCCACUAAUAUUGAUUUGAAUGGGAAACUGAGUGCGCCAUUUUUGGCGGGAAGGAGGAAAAGAGAGACAGGGAGAGGAUCGGUUGAUAUAGAUAGGGAGAGGGAGAGGGAGAGGGAUAGAGAGAGAGAAAAGGGAAGAAGUGAUAGUAGAGGUGUGAAGUGGAGGGAUCUAGGGGAUAUUGCUGAGAUGUGGAGGAAUGGGGGAAUGAGAGGAGAGGGAGUGAGUAGUCAUUCUCAUCAUGUGAGUGGAGGGAGUGGUGGAGAAAGUGGGAGAGAAAGCGGAGAAGGGAGGGGGAGUAGGAGGCACAGUAGUCGAGAAAAUAGGAGUGAGAGGGAUAGAGAUCGCGAAAGAGAGAGGGAAAGGGAUCGAGACAGAGAGAGGGAUAGGGACAGAGAUCGAGAUCGAGAUGAACGGGAUAGAGAAAGAGAUUAUAAGAGAAGGGAACGACCUAGGUUACAGACGAGACACAGUAGUCAUGAGGAAAUCCCUGCAAGAAGGAUUAGAACGGAGAGAGCAGAUAGAGAGAGAGAUGAUGAAUAUGAGGGGAGAAGUUUCAGAGAGAGAGAUCGAGAGAGAAGGGAAAGGAUUGUGAGUCCUGUUAGGGGGGUAGAUGGGAGGAAAUAUCCGGAUUGGAGAUGAUGAUUUAUAAAGAUUAAGAGAGGAUGAAUAUGUGUUUGCGAUGGAGUUUCGGAUGGAUCUCCAAUGGAAUGGAUGGAUCUAGGUAGAUGGAUGGAUGGAUAAUUACAUUAAGCGAAGCGAAAUUUCGAAUGAGCAACGAGCAAUGAAGAUUAUGAUGAUUAGUUUAUAUAUCUUGUUACGUUACGUUACGUUUAUGUUAUGUUAGCAAGAGAUGCGAGAUACCAGGAUGCAAUGAUGGACAAAUGGAUAGAUGGAAAUUUUGUAUCUGCUUAUGUGCAUGUGUAGACGGGGUUUGGGGCGGGCUUGUCUUGCCUAUCUUGCAUGAGCUACUUUCAUAUCAAAUCAUCGAAUUAUCUAUCUACAUAUCUAUCAACUCACUACUACCUCCUAUAUUCUCAUUAAUACAAUAUACCAUACCAUACCUACCGAACA